GCGCAGCUGUCUGUGAAUUUUUUUUAAAGGCGGCAUGUGGAAAAGGAGGCAUGUGCCCGUUCCGACACAUCAGUGGGGAAAAGACAGUUGUUUGCAAACACUGGCUACGAGGACUGUGCAAAAAGGGAGACCAGUGCGAGUUUCUGCACGAGUACGACAUGACCAAGAUGCCUGAGUGUUACUUCUACUCCAAAUUUGGGGAAUGCAGUAACAAAGAAUGUCCAUUCUUGCACAUUGACCCGGAGUCUAAGAUCAAAGACUGUCCCUGGUAUGACAGAGGCUUCUGUAAACAUGGUCCCCUCUGCAGACACCGACACACUCGAAGAGUCAUUUGUGUGAAUUACCUAGUAGGAUUCUGUCCGGAGGGGCCUACCUGUAAAUUCAUGCACCCUCGGUUUGAACUGCCAAUGGGAACCACAGAGCAACCACCGCUGCCUCAGCCGACACAAACACAGCAAAAGAGGACACCCCAAGUCAUCGGAGUCAUGCAGUCUCAAAAUAACAACAGUGGGAACAGAGGACCCCGGCCGUUGGAGCAGGUCACCUGCUACAAGUGUGGUGAAAAAGGUCAUUAUGCCAACAGAUGCACCAAAGGACAUCUGGCCUUUCUCAGUGGACAGUGAAAGAGCAGGACGAAGAGUGCAAGGGAGCUAUUAACACUGAGAAAAGGUUUCUGCCUAGCACUAUGUCUUGAACUAUUAAUCAGGUUGUUUUUUAAUGCCAUUACUGAAAGAACUGGUCAGAGGCUGGCUGCUGCUAAGCAACAUUUUUGUAAUUGUCCACAACUUUUUUUUAUGUUUUAACCUUUUUAAAAUAGAUUUUGGCCUCCGCCUAUUUUCAUUGAGCCCUGCUGAAAGGUAGAUCUAAAAGCCAAUAGAUAUGCAAACCCCGCACCGGUGCAGCACUCUACAUAAUCGCGUCUUACGCCAGUGUUUCUUUAAAGUGUUUUCCUUCUGCCACUUCUCUUUGGAAAACCUGCAGCGUUUCAGCCCUCCCUGUGGAAGCAGGAAGACUGACUGGGAAAACUAAUACUUGAAAUGCCUUCCCUUCAGUGAGGAAGCAGGGAUUCUGCUGUCCUGUAGCUCUUAAAAAGCAAAGUCGUGUUCCCGGGUCCAGCCUGUUGUAGUCAGUAAGCUUGUCCUGGUGGCUGACUUAACGCAUCACGUACAUCAGGCUGUAAAACUCUCGUCCACUUGCUUUGUUUCUGUGCUUCUUGCUAUACUGAAGGUUAGAAAUUCAUCUUCUGGGUGAGAACCGGUCAAGGGGAGAAUAAAUUGGCAUCUCUGUGGUUAGCCAAAUGAUGAGGAACAAUGAUUGUAGGAAAGCUGCAUCUGUGCUCAUUUUCCAUUUGCAAAAAGCAAGGGGGGAAAUGAACACGGCUUGAAGAGUAGGAAUAGGAGAGCCUUGUCUCGGUGCCCCCGUCGUCCAGCUCACACUGAGCAGGUAUUUCCAUAGCCUAGAGAAGACCAAGAAGUGGAGAUGUAUAUUCUUAUGGAACACUGCUUUUAAAAGUGAUAGAGCAUUCUUCUGAGCAAAUUUUGCAAGCCAAAACAAAAAUUCAUUUUGUGAGAAGACUAUUUCAAAAGGGCCAAUGAUAAAAUGCGAAUUAAAAAAAAAAAAUUGCACCUACAAUAUGAGCCUUAUUGAUUCUAACCCAUCUCUCAUUUGCUGACUGCCUUUAUACUUUUUUUUUUUUUAAUUGAAAUGUACUGAUUGAAAAAGCUGGCUGUGAAUUUAUUUUUUAAGAACAAGGUAGUAUGACUAGAUUAAGAGAAGUGACCGGAGCCUACGUUGGUUUGAAUGACUGCGGUUAUUUCACUGUGGAGAGUCGGAGUCAGUCAAAAUAGAAGUUUGAAGUCUAAGCGACUAUGGUGUGACAGACCAUCAGACGCUUCUCGUAACACGUCGUGCCCCCAGAGGCUGAACAGCGGCCAAGCUGCGAGAUGCGUUAAUCUGGCACACGGAAAGGGAACUACACCACUUCGGUGUCCGGCUACCUUCCCCGUCUAGUUCAGGAGUUUAUGGUCUUCACUACCUGAACAGACAUUUCCCAAAACUAAAAGCCUUCCAGUUACCACUGAAGCUCUUGAGAGAUUCUUCAUACCCCUGAAGAAGUGGUUUUCAUUCUCCCUCCUAUUCGGGAAAGGAUGCUGCGGGUUCUGCCCGCAGUGCCCGGCUGCAGUUUCAAGUGUCAGCAGGCGGGAUGCACUCGCCCGGAGGGGUCCAUGAGGAAGGUCGUCAGCUGGGGCCAAACCCGCAGAUGCUCCUUUAAGCUGCAUUUCUGCACAUAGUGCCCCCUGUUAAACUUCUCACCGCUGCAUUUAAGUCAAGAAGCAGUUUUCUUUUAGUUUAACUUCACAGACCUUUGUUAUAUUAAAGGUCUUUUAAGCUUAUACCCGUUCACAUAACCUUCCAGCUUUUUUUAGUAAUGAAAGUAGGUAGAGUUGUGAUAGAAAUGGGUUAUCAGAGGUAAGAAGCAUUAGAAUCCCGGUGACAGAAUGAGAGUUGCAGACCUCCUUAAAGCUAAACCGACCUCAUCUGAGGCAAUGCUCUGCAACGAUGGGAAACUGCCCAAAUACCUGCAGUCCCCGGGUGACAGCCUGACUGGGAAUCAGAAACACGUGGCCACGCCAGCAAGCCUCUUGAAGCUCCGAUACUGUUCUUUCAAAUCAAAAUAUUAUAUCCUUCAGUUUUCCAACCUGCACAUAAUGGCCGUUAAGAAGCAAUCCAAUGCUUUUGACUUUUAUCAAACAGUUAAAUAGGAAUCAAUUGCAGUAGCUUCCCCAGUUCAUAACGCAACCCAAGUAGCAGACGCUUUCCCCACCAUCUCUGAACUUAACCUUGAGGGGUGAAACUCUAAGAUGACAAACUCACUGGCACAGUACAAUUAACAAGUCAGUUACGAGAGUGUCAGCCCAGUAAAUGUAAAGUGUAUGCACUUUAUUAUUGGUCAUAAUAGUACAGGCUUUAGUAGUCCUGAUGUUUUCUGUCAGGGUAUCUGUUCCAGUAGCCAAGUCUGUUCAAGAGCUUCACGUUCUGAAA